GCGGAAUCGUUGAUUUUCAUUCCCAGGCGGUACGGUACCAACAGCCUCGAGUACGACGGCGGCUCCCCACCUUCUGCAACCUAGCUCGGCCCCAAUGGCGACGUUACCUCAGCUAUUAUCUCAACCGCAACCGGUCGCGAUGCCUCAAUUCAUCCUAACGUCCGGUCAAUUGGUCCAGGGCAUUCAAGGGGCUCAGCUUCUUAUCCCCACUUCGCAAGGGAUCGCCACUCAGACCAUCCUGACCAUACCGGUCAGCCACGUCACGAACAAUCAGAUGGUGAACCUGGCGCUGAGCAACGGACAGGUAGUUUCCACGACACUGGCGAACCUGCAGUCUCUAGCCCAGCCGCAGAACAUGCUCAACACCCCUACGAGCAACGUUCCCACGAGCCCCAGCCUGGCAUCGGGAUUAGGACUGAAUCCCGCCGCUCUGCCGCAUCUUCUGAGCAACAGCUCGGCGAGCCAGCAACUUCUGAGCGCGAUGCAGCCUCAGCAACUGCUGCAGGCCGCUCAGGCGGCACAGGCGCAAGCCGCGCAGGCCGUACAGGCCGUUCAGGCCUCACAGCAACCGCUGCUAACGACGUCGCCUCAACAGCACAGCCACCGGCACACCUCGCAUAUAAAUCAUUACACGUCGACGGAGAAACAUCACAGGGAGAGGCACGAGCAGUCGUCGCCUUUGACCGAAUCCGUGGUAUCCGCCGCAUCCGCCCUGAACAGAUUGGCCGCGAGCAACGGCGAGAUCACUAUCACGACGACGCAUGGACCAGGCGGUGUCGGCGUGAAGGCCUCACCGAGCAGUAUGCACAGUCCGAAGGAGGAGGAGGACGAUCUCCUGAACGAUUCACCGAACCAGCCGACGAUCAACGAGGCCACCAACAACGUAGUCGACGGGAUCAAUCUAGAUGAGAUCAAGGAGUUCGCGAAGGUGUUCAAGCUGCGCAGACUGUCUCUGGGCCUGACGCAGACCCAGGUCGGACAGGCCCUAAGUGUCACCGAAGGGCCUGCGUACAGCCAAAGUGCCAUAUGCAGUGCCCUGGCUACCCAGAUGUACGCUGCCUCGCAGAUUGCCUCUCAGCAGCAAGCUACAUUCGAAAAGCUGGACAUUACGCCGAAAAGCGCGCAGAAAAUUAAGCCCGUACUCGAGAGGUGGAUGAAGGAGGCGGAAGAGAGUGAAUCUGAUUCCAGGUACAAGAGCGGCGUCAAUCAUCUGACGGACUUCAUCGGGGUCGAGCCGAGCAAGAAGCGGAAACGGCGGACCUCCUUUACGCCGCAGGCUUUGGAGUUGCUGAACGCACACUUUGACAGAAACACUCAUCCUACCGGUAACGAGAUCACGACUCUGGCGCACCGGCUGGGAUACGAUAGGGAGGUGAUAAGAAUCUGGUUCUGCAACAAGAGGCAAGCCCUGAAGAACACGGUGAGAAUGAUGUCGAAGGGCGUUGUAUAGGGAAGGACCACAUCCACCGAUCAGCCGAGCAACAUAUGAGAACUACUUCAAGUCCCGGGCGACGAGGAACACGUCUCGUGAAAAACUUGUCGAAUCUCGCGUUUCUUCGAGCGUAAAUGAACACAAGUCCGGGAGAGCAAGAGGUCGCUUGACAGAGAGAACGAUCUUUCCGUGGUUUAUUUCGGGACGUGGCAAGGAGGAUGCCUCGCGUCAAGGGAGCUACGUAUUAGCGUAUUGUCGAAUUCGACGACGGCCGUCACGGCAAGAUCGUUCUCGAGCGAAGCGAGGUCUUCGCAUAUUGUGAUCGCAGGCGUAUACGAGAUCUAUUCGGUUGGCCAAAAAGUAAUUGCGUUUUUUUUAUAUAAAUAAAAGGCGAAGUUUUCAUGGGAAACAAAAACUUUAUUAAACA